AUGUUUGGGCAAAAGGAACAACUCGUAGCAAUGACCGAGGUCCACGAAGGAAUAUGUAGUGCCCAUCAAGUUGGCAUCAAGAUGGGGUGGCUUUUAAGGAGGCACAGUUAUUAUUGGCCGACUAUCCUCAAAGAUUGCAUUGACUAUGCUAAAGGUUGCAAAGAUUUUCAAAAGCUUGGGCCGAUCCAACAUGUCCUGGGUGGACCAAUGAAUCCCAUUAUCAAGGCUUGGCCUUUCAAAGGUUGGGCAAUGGAUGUGAUUGGCCAAAUCCACCCAAAGUCAUCUAAGGGCCAUAAGUACAUAUUAGUGGCCACCGAUUUUUUCACAAAGUGGGUGGAGGCUAUCCUACUCAAGCAAGUUACCCAGGUCGAAGUGAUAGAAUUCAUUGAGAAGAAUAUCAUCCAUCGAUUUGGCUUGCCCGAGUCCAUCAUGACCGACCGAGGAACGGCUUUAAUGGGCGAGGCUAUUCAAGCCACUGCGAGGAAUUGGGCAAUUAGGAUGGUUCAAUCCACCUCAUACAAUCCCCAAUCGAAUGGCCAAGCGGAGGCUAGUAAUAAAGUGAUAAAAGGGAUUUUGAAAAAAAUGGUUGAUAAGAAUCCCAAUGAAUGA